AUGGCUCUACAAGCUGGUGUCAUGUCAAUCACCGUGGAGCAUGCCAAGGAUUUGAAGUCCGGAGACUGGUUUGGCAAGCAGGACCCUUACUGCAUCCUCAGAGUGGGCUGCCAGCAGUUCCGCACCCAGACAGCUAAAGACGGCGGCCGCAACCCAGUCUGGCACGAAACCUUCCAAAUCGCCCUGAUGGACGAGAACCACGUCAACAUGGACGUCAAGGACCAGGAUGUUGGGCGUGAUGACCUGCUGGGCACCGCGUCCUUUUCCCUGGCCCGUGCGCGUCAGAAAGGCAGCGACCGGCAAGAGGUGGCAGUAUUCAGCAAAAAGAGCCGCAAACAGCACGGAUACGUCCUCGUGACGCUGAAGUGGGCUCCCCACGGGGCACAAGCAGGUAGCGCACAGCCGCAGGUGCAGGUGCAGAUGCAGGCUCAAUCAUGCCUACAACCGCAACAUCAAUCAAAUCCUUACGGGGAUGCCGUAGAGUACGGUACGCAGCCGCUGCAACAGCAGCUGCUGCUGCCUUCCGUACCGCUCAGCGGCAUGGAGAUACCGGUGUCUGAGGACUCACUGGCAGAGGCAGGGUAUUACUGCUCGGCGGCGGCGGCUGCAGCGGCGGCCGGCGUUGCCGCAGCUCCGCCCCGUACAUAUGGCGGCUACCCCUCUUGUGUGCCGCACUUGGUGGGCCAGGUGCCGCCAUCGGCAAUGUACCAACCAGCUCUGGUCACGCCAUCCAUCUACUAUCACCAGUAA